AUGGCUACGCCUUCUGAGGUAAGGUCUUUGUUCGAGGCAAAAUUGAAGGAAUCACCUAACCACGGAUUUCACCCUUUGGACUUAGACAGAUUAAAGGACGAUAAAUACAUCAGACGUGUGUUAAUACAUGUUGAAAACGAUGCUAAACAGGCAGCGGAUAUGUUAUGGGAUAUAUUCACAUGGAGGAAGUCGGUUAACGCAAAUGAUAUUAAUGAAUCGAAUAUACGGUUGGAUUAUGUUAAAGAAGGGAUAUUCUUCCCCCGUGGCCGAGACGUUGAUGGCUGUUUACUAUUAAUAAUUAAAUCGAAAAAGCACAUCAAAGGCCAGAAGGACUUUGAGGAAAUUAAAAAAGCAAUUAUUUACUGGUUCGAUCGUAUAGAAAGAGAAGAAAAUGGUAAUAAAAUCACUCUAUUCUUCGAUCUAGAUGGUUGCGGACUCAGUAACAUGGACAUGGAGCUAAUCAACUACCUAAUAUCACUAUUUAAAAGUUACUAUCCUUAUUUUCUAAACUACAUAAUUAUUUAUCAAAUGCCAUGGGUGAUGUCCGCUGCUUUCAAGGUCAUAAAGUCUUUGCUGCCAGCGAAAGGUGUAGAGAAAAUGAAAUUUGUUACUAAAGACACAUUAAAGGAGUUUGUUGCGCCAGAACAAGCCUUGACAUGCUGGGGCGGUAAAGAUAACUAUGUAUUUGAGUUUGUACCUGAAAAUAGAAGCAAUUUAGAGACUGCGCACAAAAAGGUUACUUUUGCGGAACAAGGAGAUAAUCAGCACUCACCUGGAGAGAUGCUUCGCAUUGUACCCAAUGAUACUAUAGUUUUUAAAGCAGAAGAUGAUGAUAUAUCUGGCCAGUUUACAAUAACAAAUAUGGAUGAAAGUGUAGUAUCGUUUAAAAUUCGUACAACGUCACCAGAAAAGUUUCGGGUUCGUCCCAGCAGUGGAGUCUUACCCAGUGGAGUGUCCCAAACAAUUUUGAUUGUCGUUCAACCAGGUUUCCAAUUACGCACAAUUACCAAAGACAGAUUCCUAGUUAUGUCCGUGCAAAUACCUAAGGAUAAUAUAUCGCAAAAGGAGCUCUCUGAUAUCUGGCAGAAUUCUUCUGGCAGCAAAGUAGACGAGUACAGAUUGAAGUGCCACUUCCCUGAGAAAAGCUUACCGAAGAAUGGCAACUUAGCUGAUAAGAGUCCGGAGAAGUCUGAUUCUGUUACGAAUGCGUUGAACAACUUGCAGAUGAAUUAUGAGAUUUUGCAUAAGCAAGUAAACAAGCUCAAGAUAUACCAAUUCAUGACCUUAAUACUGACAGCUAUUGCCGUAUUACUGGGUUACUUAGUCUACAAGAACACAAAUGAACACGAGAAUUACUGUGAGAGAAUUUAG